AUGGCUAGUCCAAUCGAUUUUUUACCUGAUGAAAUAUUGGAAUAUAUUUUGAACUUGAUUCCACCGUACAAAGAUUUAAAAGAAUGUAUGCUGGUGUGCAAACGUUGGCAUCAUGCUGUCAAACAUGUGAUAGAGCAUAGAAAAGCUUAUUUCCAAAGAUCAGUAGCCUAUGGAUCUUUGCUAUGGAACUCACCAGCCAUUAGCGAAAGACCAUCAAUAAUUACAAACCGUCAUUCACAUUCAGCUUGUACAUACGAAAAUUCAAUGUAUAUUUUUGGAGGAUGUACCAAAACUGGUACUACUUUUAAUGAUUUAUGGAAGUUAGAUUUAGAUACGAGAAAGUGGGAACGUCCGAUACCUAUGGGUACUUAUCCGUCACCAAAAGCUUGUGCUAGCAUGGUUUAUUACAAAAAAUCAUUUGUGUUAUAUGGUGGGUGGGCGCAACCUGCUACCUUUCCUCCUUUUCAGAGGAGGAAAUUAUUCAAUGAAUUGCAUAUUUACUCGAUAACAAAUAACAAAUGGACUGCCAUUGAAACUUUAAAUGAUCCACCAGCGACGUGUGCUCAUUCAGCGACAGUUCAUGGGAAUCUGAUGGUAGUUUUUGGUGGAAUCAGUACUUUUUUGCAUUACAACACCUCAAAUGACAUUUGGUGCUUUAAUUUGGAAACACACACCUGGCACGAGCAAAUAACAACCUCUCCAAAGCCUCACCCGCGAUUCGGGCACUCACAGAUCGCACUGGACGACAAGAACCUGAUGAUAAUAGGCGGCUGUACAAAUCCAACGGUAGGAAUCGACGACGCGUGGCUCUUGACCAUGGAAGGAACCCACUGGAGGUGGACAAAGCUAACAAUAAAUGGUCUGGAGUGGGCACCGAUGAUGAUAUGGUGUCAUCAAGCAUGCAAAGUCGGUGAACAUUUAAUAAUUUUAAGCAAGAAAAAGCAAGCGAGCGCGUCCUCUAAAAAUGUAACCAACGACAAAGUAAUUUGUCAUGGACCCAGUUCCUUAGCGAUGGCGGAGUGCAAUCUUCCGGACACUCGGCAAAAAUCCGUGCCAGUUGUAGACAGAGACGAGAAUGUAAACGGACGUCGUGGAAGGUUUACACCACGACCGGGAGUGCUGGUCAACUCAGCACGUGCAAUCAACAACACAAGACCUCAUCCGGGAAUCCGCGUGGCAGUGGAGCGAAAAUUCGGGCCAAUGGCUGCUUUCAAUCCCGACUUGGGAACUCCUAGUCCAAAUCGCCUUCGCCAGCUUGAAGACCUGAGAAGAAUGGAGGAAAGAAUUAAUCGCCAGCGCAUGGAGGCCAGGUUAAUAAAAACUAACAUCAACAGGCUGGCUAUUUUUGUUUUAAAUAUUGCUAAUGUUUUACGUGAAGAUCAUUCCGCCUCGUGGAUUCAGAAUAGUGGCAAAGAUCUCACUGGUCCCGAGGAACGUGUGCUUUAUUCUCUAGUGCUAGGUAACGCCGAGUUAAUAUUUUUUGGUGGGACGCGAAAAUUUCCUACCAAGCAAGGACAAAUCGAAGGCGAAGUGUCUGAAGUUUACAACGACGUUCAUUUUAUAAAUCCACCUCGCUAUGCCAUUUAA